UCGUACUCUCUCUCUGCUUUCUCUCUCUUUCUUCAACUUCGGUUUUAUCGAGCAGAAAGGCGUUUUCUCGUCUCCGUCGACUGCUCUCAUCUCUGAGGCGGACAGUCCAGGACUCUUCCCUCUUCUCUCUCUAAAAACUCCACUUUCUGUCUCUAAAAACACGGACGCACACACUAUUUACUCAAAUCGAAGCAGUCGCCUUCUCUCUCUCUAACAUCUGAGCAAUGGCGUCUUCCCUUGCAACAACAGCAGCAGCAUCAGCUACUUCUGUUGCCAAAACUACCCCCGAUUGUCAUCUCCAUUGCUAUCAUUCACCCUCCAAGCUCUCAUUUCGUCUCUCUCCCAAGCCCAAGCUUCGAUUGUUCACCAAGGGUCUGCAUUCCAGUUGGAAGCAUUCCACUGCCGUGAAAGCACAAUUAAACGAGGUAAGAUUCUUUCAAUGGCUUCCGUUAGAGAAUCUGUUUUCAAAUCUUCGUUCCUUCAUGGACACAUUUUUGGAGCCAUCUGUUGCAUUCAAGGUUGGCGUCGGUGGAUUCCCAAAUGCUGCAGCUACUCCAGCCAAAUCAGAUGUACCAGCCAAAUCAGAUGUACCAGCAGCGGAAUCCAAGGAUGCUAAGCCCUCAACUGAGCCUUCUCUUGAAGCUUUGGCCUCGGAGGAACCAAUAUCUGAGUUUAUUGCUCAAGUUUCAAGUCUCAUUAAGCUAGUUGAUUCUAAGGAUAUCAUGGAGUUGCAGUUGAAACAGCUCGACUGUGAACUUUUAAUCCGUAAAAAGGAGGCCUUGUCUCAACCACCAUCUUCUGCUCCAGUUUUUAUGACACAUUCACCCCCUCCACCAACUGUUGUACCACAUGCUUUCCAAGCGGCUCCGUCUGCAGCUGCUCCCCAACUGUCUUCAGCUCCAGGCCCUGCCCCUUCUCCACCUGCUGCAACGUCAGCUAAGUCAUCGCAUCCAUCUCUUAAGUGCCCCAUGGCAGGGACAUUCUAUCGAUGCCCAGGACCCGGUGAACCUCCAUUUGUAAAGGUUGGAGACAAAGUACAGAAGGGACAGGUUCUGUGCAUCAUUGAGGCUAUGAAGUUGAUGAACGAAAUAGAAGCUGAUCAAUCGGGAACAAUAGUUGAGAUCCUUGUAGAAGAUGGUAAGCCUGUCAGUGUUGACUUGCCUCUGUUCCUGAUUGAACCCUAGAAGAUGACGACGGAAUGGUAAGCAAAUAAAUGUUACGCGUGAAUUUUAGGAGGUGGGUGUCUCUCUUGGUAAUGUUUUUAAGAUGCGGCUUUGUUUUGUUGUAAGUAGGAUGUUUUGCUUGGAGUGAGAUGAUAGUUAGAGAUGGAAAUUAGUGAGCAUUUGAUAAAUCAUUUUCUUUAUUUUAAGUUAUACUUUAGCUGAGGGUAUUUGUAUUAAUUAUUUGAUACUUCAACUAGUCUGAUAAUUUUGUUACAAAGUUUCUCAUAUUUGAAAUGAGGGUUUAGUCUUCUA